AAGUGGAGCCCAGCCCUGGAAAAAAAAGAGGAGAAAAAGGGUGGAGAAAAUCCAGCAUCAGAGAGAGAGAGCGAGAGAGAGGAGAGAGAGAGAGAGAGAGAGAGAGGGCGAGAGAGAGAGGGAGCUUCUACAUCGCCCAGAAGAUUCAGCUGUAGUAGUGCAGUGUAUAGAUCAGCACGCUCCCUCACUGCUGGGGAGCAGCCGUCUUUUGUGUCCCCCCCACCCCCACCCCCCCGCUGCAGUGGGGGAGUGCAUUCACCGUCGCGACCAGGGGAAGGAAGCCACGAAGUCUCCUCCAAUCAGCUGUGAGUGAUCUCUCCCGUCUUGUGAGGAUGCUGAUGAGGAUUUAUUACUGACAGGAGCCUGCACUGUGCUCAACUCCAAACCACCUGGAACACUCACCGGGGUUCUUGUUUUUAUUCUCAAACACACGUUUGCGUUUCCUGUGGAUAUUCCAAGCAGAGCGGUGGACGGACGUGGACUUCAUCACUGCUGUUCUUAAGACUGAGGCUGGACUAACUUUUACAGGCGCAUUCACUCCACGUGAGGACAGAUCACAUCCCCGGUACACAGAGCACUUUCCUGCAAAUACAAGACACUGCACUUCAGGGAUGGAGCAGGACGGACACUGGUGAUGGACAGGCGACGGGCGUGGGAGUAGGGGAAUCUAGCCUGACAGGUCUCUCACCAAGUUGCCCUGAGUCCACGCGCGUGCGGCUGGCGGUCGGAGCCAGAGUUUGGGAUCACGCUGCCUCUCGGAUGAGGAUUAGCGGCUGUAACACCUUGUCGCCGGUCGAGCCGCGCGCGACCUUGCUCACUGCUGCUGGCUGCAGGAUUAAAGAGAGAGGUUUAACCGGCAUAAUGAGAGUCAGGCGGCAGAAACGCAGGCAGGAGGAGCGGAGGGACGUGUUACACUGAGAUCCUGUCCGCCUUUUAAUUCAGGUUAUCCUUGAGGGGUGCAGCCGGCUAAUUAAGAGAGGGAGGGUGUUUACAAAAGCCGAAGGAUAAUUAAAACCUUCAGUGAAUAUUUGGCCAGUUGCACAGAAAGCGCAGGUCCCAGUUAAUCCGUGCACUGGUUUGAUAUUGAUUUCUCUUCUGGUCAGGAGAGCAUCUUGUCUGAUCUCUGCUCAAGAGGAGACUAAUUUAAUUAUAAGCCAAUAUUCUGUGUCUUGGAGCAGCUGUGUGUGUUUAAGCACUCGGAGCCCGUGUUCUAGAACUCGCAGUGACACGUUAUACACCAGAAAACACGCGUGCAGACUCCGGUAUCAGUUCAUGUAAGUUGCUCUUUGGGAACAUGGUGUUUACAGGAGCUGUCACAUUUGGAGAGGCCGUAAAAUGAAUCGACCCGUCUGCCGGCCGUUCUGCUGACGGCUCCCGGAGGUCCGGCAGGUUGUGCGUGCAGUGAUGCUCGCGGCUGAAGGUGCCGGUGUGACCAUGAUCCGUGUAGAACGCGGCUCAUGGUAGCUCAGCGAGGGCUCGGGGACCAUGGGCGACGGUGGAGCGGCCGGCGGCUCGUCCCACGUCUCACGGUGGGCGUCAGCAGCGUUGAAUCAGGGAAGGCCGUCCUGAGGCGGGGGGCCAGAGGAGGCGACUUUUAAGUAGAAGUUCUGGAAAUCCUCCGGCGUUCCUGGGAAGCAGCCCGUAGCAGGUGGGAAAGGAAGGCGGAGGAGCGGGACUGAGGCGUUGUUUGAUAGCUGCGUUGUUGGCGCCUGACUUGAAAGAGCGCUGCUGAAAGCGCGCUGUCUGGAGGUUUGUCUGCGAGUCGGAGAACUGCGUGUGUGCGUGUGUGUAUGUGUGUGUGUGUGUGUGUGUGUGUGUGUGUGUGUGUGUUUGGUUCAGCGAGAGUUCUGAGUAAACCUGCUUCAUCCCGUCGCUUUCAAAGAGCAAAACACUGCGGGGUAAAACAAGCGCACUACGCGUGUUCAUUAUCAUCCGAACGCAAGGAGCGGCGGCUUGUUGGAAGCAACAGCCUAAACAAGAGCACAACAUUACAGCACAGUGACGGUGGACAAACUCUGGACUAUAAGACUUGAAAGUGUGAACAAUAAGAAGAGGAAACGUGACACAGCCAGUUGAACUGUGCCUUCAUCUACUGUGAGGAGGAGGAGGAGGAGGCUGUAUCGCACCACAAGGCUGCGAAUGAGGGUGGGGCUCCCCCACUGCCACAGACAAAGACCCAGAGAGAGAGGGUUCUGCUGCACAGAGAACUAGUCGGACCUGACACCGGGUGGUGGAGUGGGGCCCUGUGUCAAAAGUCACAAUGGGGUGCAACAUGUGUGUGGUCCAAAAGCCCGAGGAGCAGUACAGGGUGAUGUUCCAGAAGGGCCGCAUUAGCAACAUGCUGUGCUCCUUUGAUGCUGACGGUCGAUUGCAGGUGAACGGGAAGGAGCUGUCCCGCCUCUCUGGGGACCCCACCCUGGACAUGCGGGACCCCCUGCUGUCCAACAUACUGAGACGGGGGGCUCGCAGGCGCGCGGGCCCCCCGGGCGCUCCCGGGGGGCUGGGGCCCGUGACCAUGGGCGUGGCCGACUGUGUGGACAGCUGCACCCAGACGGACAUCAGCUUCCAGCACAUGCUGACCCUGGGCAGGAUCAGCCAGCAUCCCUGCAGAGCUCCGCCCCCACCCGACCCGCCGCCGUCCCCUCCUCUCCCACCGCUACUGGAGCCGUAUCUAUUCAAUGAACUCUUUGUGGAGCCUGUUUAUUACGACCCCACUGACUACUUCGACAUCAGCCAGCAUGAAGUGGACCGGCAGGAUGAGCUGGAAUAUGAGGAGGUGGAGUUGUACAAGUCUCGGCAGCAGGACAAGCUCGGGCUCACGGUGUGCUACAGAACCGACGACGAGGAGGACCUGGGGAUCUACGUCGGAGAGGUGAAUCCGAACAGCAUCGCUGCAGUGGACGGCCGCAUCCGCAAAGGAGACAGAAUAUUAAAGAUAAACGGAGUGGACAUCCAGGACAGAGAGGAAGCAGUCGCUAUUCUCACCAGAGAGGACAGCACCAACGUCUCCCUGCUCCUCGCACGACCCGAAAUAGAGAAUGACAACCAGCUGGACCAAGACGAGCUGGACGUGGAGCCGCUGGACAACGCCGUCCACGUGUCCAGCGGCCCCAGGCUGAGGAGCAACACCUUCAUCCUGGGCGCUGGGCCGGGCGGCGCCGCCGACGCACGGCCGCCGUGCCACGGGCGCUGCGUGAACGGGGACUCGCCCGAUCUGCUCCAGACGGUGCUGAGCAACAGCCAGGAGCUGGACAGCGGAGUGGGCCGCACGGACGAAAGCACCAGGUACGAGGAGUCGUCGGAGCACGACCUGCUGGGAGACGACCACACCAGUGCCUCCAACACAAACGCCACCAACACGCCGGGCAGCAUGCGCAAGUUCUGGUGCAGUCGGGGGGACACGCCGCCGUUGCUGCACUCCCAUGACUUCCAGUUCAGUGCAGACUCCCUCCUGGGGCUGGACUGUGUCAACGGUGGAGGGGUGGAGCCGGUGGAGCGACUGGAGCGGGCCUACAUGGGAGAUCCGGUGAGGAUGAUGAUGCCCGGGCUGACUGAGGAAGAGUGCGAGAGAUACAAAGAGCUGCUAGAAAUCAAGUGCUACUACGAGAGGAACAGUGACUCUGUGCUGGUCCUGGACGAGCAGGGCCUGGCCCAGGAGGAAGGGGGCGUCUCCCUGGACGUGAACAGGAACGAGAGCCUGACGCAGCACGAGAUGGCCCUGCUGGAGGAGGAACUGCGCCACCUGGAGUUCAAGUGUCGCAACAUCCUCAGGGCGCAGAAGAUGCAGCAGCUGAGGGAGCGCUGCCUGAAGGCCUGGCCGCUGGAGGAGAAGGGCGGGGCGGGGGCGGCUCGCCUGGACGUGAGCGGCCCGCUGGGCAGCGAGGAGUCCUGCCACCACGCCCUGUCGGACAUCAACGAGCUUCCAGAGAGGGAGCGCUCGGAUAAGGACAGCACCAGCGCCUACAACACCGGAGGGGAGAGCUGCAGGAGCACCCCGCUGAUAAAUGAGCCUUCAGCCUCCACGCGGGGCCUGGAGCGAGGAGAGGCCCUUGCAUCGUCAGGUCCGCAGGUCCCCACGCUCACGAGGCAGAAGGAGCGAGGAGCCCGGGCCGGAGGAGGCGACGGGAACCUGAACCAACCCUACUCCCCUCACACUCACAGGAGAGGAGCCGAGGCCAGGGGACCCAGCCCCGGGUGUAAGGUCAGGAGAGGGUCCGAUGGAGGGGUGAGGCGGAACCCCAGGCCCAGCGGCGGCCGCAGCGCUGAGAACAGCCCGUACCUGUCCCGGCGCCACGCCGACGCCCAGCCGCCGCAGCGCUACCUGAGCUGCAUGCAGCUGAGGUCCCCGUCCGCCUGCGAGCGGCUCGGAGGCCUCACAGAGCGCCCCCUAGAGGGCGGCGUGGAGAACGCAGGCGACGCCAGCCCAAUGAGCCUAGGGAGCACGUGCAAAGACGCUCCCCAGGCCCCAGGCGCCGGACCCCCUCCCCAUCCCCAUCCCCUGCUGCCCCCCUCCCCCCGCAUGGAGUGGAAGGUGAAGAUCCGCAGCGACGGCUCGCGCUACGUGGCCAAGCGCCCCGUGAGGGACCGCCUGCUGAAGGCGCGCGCCAUGAAGAUCCGGGAGGAGCGCAGCGGCACCACGACGGACGACGACGCCGUGAGCGAGAUGAAGAUGGGCCGCUACUGGAGCAAGGAGGAGCGCAAGCAGCAGCUGCUGAGGGCCCGCGAGCAGCGGCGCCGCCGGGAGUUCAUGAUGCAGAGCCGCCUCGACUGCCUGAGGGAGCGGGACAGGGAGCAGGGGGGCGGCGGCGCGGCGCAGCAGGGGGCCGCGCAGCAGCAGGAGCCCACGUCCAUCCUGGAGCUGUGCCACCGCAGGAGCACGAAGAAGCGCAGCCGCAGGAUCCUCGACAACUGGAUCACCAUACAGGAGCUGCUGGCGCAUGGAACCAGGUCCGCCGACGGCAAAAAGGUCUAUAACCCCCUGCUGUCCGUCACCACAGUGUGAGCUGGGAGCCAAAGUCUUUGACCUGGACCUUAAAGAUCAACACAAGCUGCUUCAGAGGCACAAAACGUCUGCAGGGAUGCGGCAACUUCCUGAAUGUCAUGAUGGUUAAUGAAGGAGCACAGCGGCUCCAGCUGCAGGCCGGGGUCCAACCACAGCCACACAUUAGCUCAACGAAAAGACAAAGCUGCACGUUCAGCACGUUUCUGUUUUAAUCACGAUCAUCUUUUCUGCUCGGUCCGGGUGAAUUGACCAUGAACGGUCAGAUUUUCUGCACAACUUGUGUUCGUGGCAGUGAAAAGACUCCACAAAAAGGCACAGCUGAGUUUUAAUAUUUGCACCAACCUAAUACAGUUUUUAAAGACGUAAAAACGGACACAGCUGUGAAAUGCUGGGAGGAAAAUCCCAUUCUGUGCCACAGAACGUUUGUAAGUACCUUUUGGUUUGAAGCACACGUUGCUGCCAGCUUGUGCAGGAAGGGCAUCUUUUUUAUUCCUGCAGCGUCGGGUCCAAAUGAGUCCGAGCAACAUCACUGUCGGAACACGGUGGCUUUUACAUAAUGUGUGAAGCACAAUUUUACUAUGAUGUAAGUGAAUAAACACUGGUGCACAGAGCAACUGAUGGACUCAGUUUAAGGAAGCACAGAAAAAUUGUUUCAAAAAACGAAAACUCACGUUUUUUCCCUCUUUCCUAUUUUAACGUCUCCUGCUUGGUCCAGGCCAAUAACUUGUGAUUAGUAUGCAAUAUGAUUUAUUUAAAUGUUGACUGUGAACAAGGCUCUUUUUAGAAAAUGAAGAUCAUUCUCAGCUAUGAAGAAUUUUUUUUCCAAUUUGUUUUUGCUUCAACUUUUUAGGCCUCGUUAUUCAGCGAGCAUCUGGAAUGUCAGUAAGCUGACUCUUCAUUUAGCUUACAUGCAUGUUUGAUAUUGAGGCUGAAACCUUUAUACCCAAGUACCGACAGACUAAACGCUUUUUACGUACUGUAGCCGUAGGUGUGUUUUUCGAUAAAACACCAUUGUGUACUUGUUUGUUCUGUAUUGUGAUGUCCAGUGUCUGCCAUUUUACAGUGUGAGCUUUUCUAAAUAAAUGCUGAUUAUGAAACCUA